AUGUCCGCCCCCGCAACCGGAACCGGCACCGACAGUGAGGGUCAGGUCAAAUUCCUGGUUAACUGCAUCCGCUUUUCCAACCAAGGAAAGAUUGAUUACGAUGCUGUCGCUAAGGAGUGUGGCAUCGUCUCCAAGGCCGCUGCGGCUAAGCGGUUCUCCCGUAUCCUCUUGAGCCACGGCAUGAAGGCUGGUGACCUCGCCAAGGGAGGACCCGUUAGCACUGGUUCCCCCUCCCAGACUCCUACUGGUACUCCGAAGACGCCCGCCAAGAGUGCCGGCAAGUCGACUCCCAAGGCCAAGUCUACUGGAAAGCGUGCCGCCGCUGCUUCUCCUACCAGCAACACCAAGCGGGCCCGUGCUAAGCUUGCUUCUCACCCUGCUGUCGCGUCCUACCAUGACGAAGAUGACGAGGAGGAGCAGGACGAGUUCAAGGUCAAGAAGGAGGAGCCUGCGUCCGCCAACACCGGUUCGUACCACGAAAAGCCUCGAGACUGCGAUCGCGAUGACGACGACUUGCAACUUCUCUACGUUGUAGAGAAGACGAACGGUUGCCCCGUCCACGAUACCGGCGAAUACCGAGAUGCUGCCGACGGCGAUAAGCAAUUCCAGGCCUGA